UUUGAGGGUCCAAUAAUCAAUCGAUCUGUCGUUCUCUGUCUCUUUCUUUACUUUGCUUAUUGCUUUGGUGGUUUUUUCAACAUUCCAACACAGACACAGAAAGAGAGAGAGAGAAAGAGAAAGAGAGCAACCCACGUUGUUCCCUUCCUUCCUUCUCUCCUGGAAAACCCUAAAAACUCACCUGCGUUCCUCUUCACCACCUCAAUCACACUCUCCUCUUCAAUCCAAACAAAACCAGGUCCUUUACGUUAACUUUUCCUUUUUCUCUUCUUAAUUUCACAAAACAGCAGCAUUGAUCUUCCAAUUCUCGGUAGCUGAUUUCCACAAUGAACGACCUCCUAACGGAUUCUUUUGAGAUCCCACGGGGUCAGCCUUCUAGAGAUGGAGAUAUUGAGCUAGGAACACAAGCUCCCAUGAAUACAGGAGAUCAAGGACUGGAGAGUUUCUUCAAAAAGGUUCAGGAGAUUGAGAAACAAAAUGAGAAGCUGGAUAAGCUACUCAGAAAAUUACAGGAUGCACAUGAGGAGUCCAAGGCCGUUACCAAGGCUCCUGCCAUGAAAGCAAUCAAGCAACGAAUGGAGAAGGAUGUUGAUGAAGUUGGAAAGAUUGCUCGAUCAGUGAAGUUAAAAAUCGAAGAACUUGACCGAGAGAAUUUAGCAAAUAGACAAAAGCCAGGUUGUGGAAAGGGUACGGGUGUAGAUCGGUCAAGAAUGUCGACAACUCUUUCCCUAAAAAAGAAAUUGAAGGAUAAGAUGGCUGAGUUUCAGACUUUAAGGGAAAACAUCCAUCAAGAAUAUCGAGAAGUUGUUGAGAGACGUGUAUUUACAGUAACGGGGACAAGAGCUGAUGAAGAGACAAUCGAGCGAUUAAUUGAGACAGGAGACAGUGAACAAAUAUUCCAGAAGGCUAUCCAGGAACAGGGCCGAGGCCGGAUAAUGGAUACCCUUGCAGAAAUUCAAGAGCGCCAUGAUGCUGUGAGAGAUGUUGAGAGAAAACUUCUUGAUCUACAACAGAUAUUCCUUGACAUGGCGGUGUUGGUGGAGGCACAAGGGGAUUUGCUUGACAACAUAGAAUCACAGGUUUCAAGUGCCGUGGAUCACGUGCAUCAAGGGAAUACGGCUCUUCAAAGGGCUAAGUCACUACAAAAGAAUUCAAGGAAAUGGAUGUGCAUUGCAAUCAUAAUCCUUCUCAUCAUCGUUGUGAUCAUCGUCGUAGCAGUUCUCAAGCCAUGGAGCAAUGGCAAAGGCGCUUAACUUCAUCGAAGAUUAUUCUUAAGAUAUUAACGUAACAACGCUGCAAUUAUUACCCUGUUCGUGUGAGUUGUGCUCCGUCUCCAAAUCGGCUUCCAGUUACUUUGUGGUGGGUGAUGAGUGAAAAAUGUAAAAUUGUUUUUGUUUUUUGAAUCUUUAAAUAAACUUGUAUAACUAUAUUAUAUUCUUUAGGAAGCAAAAUAUCAUCAAGUGAGUUGAGAUGAUUUUUCUUUCUUUUAUUUUCUUUACAUGUUAUCUUUUUUAUGAAAAAUCAUUCAUUGUUAAAUAUAUUGUUGGUUAUUCUUGACCA